GUUGUUGACAGCAGGCUCUUGACGGACGUUUCUGCCCAGCCAAUCAGAGGCUGUCCUGCUCCUCCCCGCGGAAGCGGCGUCCAAUUGCGUGCGCGGGGAGGCGGGGCUUGUGGCGAGAGGGCGGGAACAAGAGAGUGCGGCUCUGUCAGCCGCGCAGUCUGCGUCGGUCCGCGGCAGAAGAGUCACGGCGGUGAGCAUGGUUCAAUACAUGGAGGAAAAGGGACAAAUCACGGACUGAGAUUGCCGAGUACUCCCACGGAGAUUUGGACUGGAUUUAAAAGCGCCACGGGCCUCUGAUCCCAACCGAAGAUAUCACUGUUUUCUGGAUAAAAACCGCAGAGAGGUUCCGGAAAUUAUUGUCACCCCGGACUAAAGAAAGACCCCGAAAGGGGCCUGAAAGCUACGCAGACGUGGGUUGAAGUUGAGCUUUUAGCGGCGCCGCGCGCAGUUUAUAUCCAGCGGGAAGUGCGGUUAUAAAAGGACCCCCACACACACACACACCUGUGAGUGGCCCUUCUUCGAAGGACUUUUCGAGCUGCUGGACUCUCCUUUAGACACGUUCAUGGGCUAAAGACCCGGCAGAGAUUUGGUUGAAGUGAGUGAGGGUCCCCCCCCCCUCGCCCCCCCCAACAGGCUCAUGGGCGACGCCAUGGUCAGCAAGGGCAGCAAGGGCAGCCCGGUGAAGAGCUACGACUACCUGCUCAAGUUCCUCCUGGUGGGCGACAGCGACGUGGGCAAAGGAGAGAUCCUGGACAGCCUGCAGGACGGAUCGGCCGAGUCCCCUUACGCGUACAGCAGUGGUAUUGACUAUAAAACCACCACCAUCCUUCUGGACGGGAGGAGAGUGAAGCUGGAGCUCUGGGACACGUCCGGUCAGGGGAGGUUCUGCACCAUCUUCCGCUCGUACUCCCGUGGCGCUCAGGGGAUCCUGCUGGUCUAUGACAUCACCAACCGCUGGUCGUUUGACGGGAUCGACCGCUGGAUCCGAGAGAUCGACGAGCAUGCCCCUGGCGUGCCCCGGAUCCUGGUCGGGAACCGCCUGCACCUGGCCUUCAAGCGGCAGGUCCCCACGGAGCAGGCGAGGGCGUACGCCGAGAAGAACGGCAUGACCUUCUUCGAGGUCAGCCCGCUGUGCAACUUCAACGUCAUCGAGUCGUUCACCGAGCUGUCGCGCAUCGUGCUCAUGCGGCACGGCAUGGAGAAGUUCUGGAAGCCCAACAGAGUGUUCAGCCUGCAGGACCUGUGCUGCCGGGCCAUCGUGUCGUGCACGCCGGUCCACCUCAUCGACAAGCUGCCGCUGCCGGUGGCCAUCAAGUCCCACCUGCGCUCCUUCUCCAUGGCCAACGGCAUGAACGCCGUCAUGAUGCACGGCCGCUCCUAUUCGCUGGCCAGCCCGGUGGGCGGAGCCAAGGGCAACAGCCUCAAGAGGUCCAAGUCCAUCCGGCUGCCGCGCAGCCCGCCGCAGAACUGCACCCGCAACAACUGUAAGAUCUCCUAAUUAACAGGCGAGGAGGAGGAGGAGGAGGAGGAGGAGGAGGAGGAGGACAUCCCCCAACCUGAAGAGCGGGAAUGACGGAUGAAGGGAUGAAAGGACAGGAAGUUCUUCCUUCUGCCCGAUGUCGAGCGAGAGAACGAGAGAACGAGAGAGCGAGAGAACCAGAGAGCGAGAGAACGAGAGAACGAGAGUUCAACGACCGUCCAGAAAUCUACACGCCUCGUGUCCUCCAGACCACUUCUUCCCUUGCUUCCUUCCUUUCCUUACUUCUCUCCCUUCCUUUCUUUUCUUCCUUCGUUAUUCCUUUCCUUCCUUCUCUUCUUUUUCUUCCUUCGUUACUUCUUCCCUCCCUUACUUCAUUUUCCAUUCCCUCUCUUCCUUUCCUUCCUUCAUUCCUUUCUUUCUCUCCCUCCUUUCCUCCCUUCCUUUCCUUCCUUCCUCCAUUCCACUUUUUCUUUUUUCUACAUCUUCACAUCUCUUCUUAACUUUCUGUUUUGAUGCCAACGAGCUCCUGUUGUUGUUAUUAUUGUUGUUGUUAUGAGUGUUGAUCACUCGUUGAAGGGAAAUGUUGGCAACAAGCCGAGUGCUGGUGUUGGUGGACCGGGUCUCGGGGGAGGUCUUCGUGGUGGACCGGGUCUCGGGGGAGGUCUUCGUCCUGGACCGGGUCUCGGGGGAGGUCUUCGUCCUGGACCGGGUCUCGAGGGAGGUCUUCGUCCUGGACCGGGUCUCGAGGGAGGUCUUCGUGGUGGACCGGGUCUCGGGGGAGGUCUUCGUCCUGGACCGGGUCUCGGGGGAGGUCUUCGUGGUGGACCGGGUCUCGGGGGAGGUCUUCGUGGUGGACCGGGUCUCGGGAGUCCGGACCUGAUCAGUUUUUUCUUAUUUCUUCGUGAUCCAGUUCACCUGCAGGAAAACACCAAACAUGAAUAUUUGAUCUCCGUGCUUUUCGUUGCCUGUUGCCAUGGAAACCACUCUGCCGCCGUCCCUCUGGCUUUAUUUAUAUCUCGAUGCCAGUGAACCUUUUUAAAAGAACAUGUGUUGUUUUUUUACCCCCGGUGCUUCUGGGAGUUGUAGUCCAGAGACCAGACGGACGUGUCACCCGAGGGUGCUCCGGUCCCUCCGUAUCAUCACCUAAUAAUCACUCCUCAUGGAGGAUGACAUCAUACCUUCACGAAGCACGUGACGCGUUUUCAGCUCCAGAAGUCACAUUUUAAAAGUCUUUUUAAUGACGUCAUGGUGGGGACUACUUUCGGCGGCGGAGUGAUAUCCCGACGCACGGUGGUGAGAGGGAUCGAGUCAUUAUGACCGUCUGUCGAGGCGGGACUUGUAGAAAGCAUGAGGACGCCGUCUUUGUGUGAAAUAAUAAACGUGAGUCAUCAAGAUGAUGAACGGCCAUCGUGUUCUCGCGCUGCGUUCAGGGCCCGUGGGAAACGGCAGCUACGAGUCGAGAAUGUUAAUUUUCGCUCCGACGUGUCAGCGACUCGUCGACUCGUUUCUUUUUAACACCAAACCGCUCCAACUGGAGCCCUCCUCUUCCUCCUCCUUCUCUUCUUCCUCCUCCUUCUCUUCCUCCUCCUCCUCCUCCUCUUCUCUGAUCUGCACGCCGUCCCAUGAUUCAUAGCUGCUGAAUAAUAGAUCUGUGGCGCUCUUUCCUCCCGCGCUCGGCUCUCUUGUCUUCCUCCUCUUCGUCGUCUCUCUUCUUCAUCUCGUCUGCUGCUCCUUUUGUUUGACUUUAUUUAUUUGAGCUUUUUUCUCUCCGGGUGUUUCCACAAUCAGAUCAUUAUGACGGCGUAUUAUUAUUAUUAUUUUAUGAUUCGUUUCUUAACAACACAAAUAUGUUUUUUUAAGUUUAUUUUUCUAAUAAUUUGUAACUUUAGUUCAAAAAAUAUUUGAAAUUUUUUUUAACUUAAAUUUCAGCAACAACAAAAUCUAAAUUUGUUUGAAAUUUUUUGCAUAAAUCUGUGGGGUCUUUUUCUUUAAAUAUUAGGUUUUAAAUGUGAGAUUUUCUUCCUCUGUGACCUCCCAGCUCUAAUAUCUUUAUUUUUGAACCCACGGUUUCAUCCCAUUUAAUACAAAUGAUUUGUUCUAUAAUAAAAAUAAUAAUGAGUCAGUAUAUCAUCAUCUAAUAAAAGGUUAAAACGUGUAGAAACACUUAUAAAAUGAAGUGUUUUAUUGUUAUUGUUCUUCGGGCAUUUCGGAGACGUCUAUGUAAACAUACUCUUCAUGGCUCCUUGAUUUGGUUUUAUGAGAUAAUAAUCCGUUUAAUUUGUUUUUUUUUGGCGUGUUGAGUUUGUGUGGCUCGUUUCCCUCGGUGCCGGUCGUGUGGAGGAUCUUUGACUCGAGCUUGUUGCCAAGAUUUGACAAAAUAAGUCUUUUAGUUGUUGUUGAUUUUAGUAACCCUCAGGGCUGAACAGGCGGUCAUCGUGUUGCUCCGCCUCCAUGUCUCACUUCCACACUUCCUUCUGGUUUCCUUUGGAACGACUUCCUCCGUGUUCGUUUCCAUUUUGGACGAUUUUCCUAUUUUCUUUUGUUAUUUUUAAAGGUGUAAAUGUUUCGAGGACCGUGGGAGAUUCAGGGACGCCUCUGAUGUCGUGGAAGUAUUUGUAUAAAGAAGCAGAAUGUUGUGAUUAUAAUGACGACUUAAGACACGCACAAAAAUACACAAAACACACACUUGUAAAACACUAUUCUGGUUUUUGGCUGCUGAGUAAUCUGAAGCGAGUGAAUGUGUGUGUGUGUGUGUGUGAGUGAGUGUGUGUGAAUGUUCUUCAAACGCAAGCUUUUUCUUUCUUUUUUUAAAUUAUUGAUUGUACAGUUUUAAGUCAAAAGUUAUGAAGAGAUGCGAUUUUUUCACAAUAAAACGUUGAAUGUUGAAGUCA